AUGGGAGAAAAAUAUGACAAGAAUGGCUACAACAGUAGUGACUUUAAACGUAAUUCCAAUAUAGAUUCAAAGCCGGAGAAUGAACGGGAUCAAGAUGGCGAAGAAGGACCUAUUAACGAAAAAGCCGGUGAAUAUAUGCGUGAACUGCUAAGUGAAAAAAUUAAGUUAAGUAAUGGAAAGUUCCCGCUAUCGACGAGACUUCUUGAUCAAGAGGUCGUGAAAGUACAGGCGAACGGAAGAGUUCCUCCAAGAGAUUCAAAGUAUGUUGAUGUCUACAGAGAGAAACCUGUUAAGGUCACCGUUAAAGUAUUGGUACCUGUGAAGGAGUUUCCAAAGUUCAACUUUGUCGGCAAGCUCUUAGGACCCAAAGGAAACACAAUGAAGCAACUGCAAGAGGAGACCAUGUGCAAAAUGGCGGUACUGGGCAGAGGAUCCGUUAGAGACAGGCAAAAGGAAGAAGAGUUAAGAAAUGCUCUAGACCCAAAGUAUGCACAUUUAUCCGAUGAACUUCAUGUGGAGAUAUCGGCCUUAGCGCCACCUGCAGAGGCCCACGCAAGAAUAGCUUAUGCUCUUACAGAAGUAAAGAAAUACCUCAUACCAGAUCCCAAUAAUAUGAUCCGUCCUCCGCCAAUGAGAGAGAUGCGAGAUAUGGGUGAGAGAGAAAUGGGCCAAGGACCACCGCCGGGACCAGGACGGCGGGCGCUUUUGGAUGGGCCCGAAGGGAGGCCUAAGAACAUUAUGUACAGUGCCUGCACCGUCACCAAGCGAUCCUUCUCAUAUAGAGACCCUGUACAUGAACCAGAAGGUCCUGGCGGACGUCCGCCGCCACGGAUGCAGCAGGCGCCGCCCCAGAUGCGAGCUCCACCGACCAAGGCCAAGGUGCUCAGCAUCCUGGACAGAGCGCGUACCGCAAUGGAGUCCACUUACUCCUACGACGACUCUUAUUCCACGCCGGAGCCCCCGCCGGCGCGCGGUCCGCCGCGUGGCGGCCCGCCCCCCGAGGAGUUCUACUACGAGCGGGGCCAGGACCGCUACUACGACGACGACGGCGGCGGCUACUACAAGGAGGAGCGCGAGUACAAGCAGCCGCCCGUGCGCGAAGUGGGCACCCGCCGCCCGCCGCGCCACUUCGCGCGCGCCUCGCCCUACGCGCGCCCGCCCAAG